AUGACUGUGGGUCAGCCUGGGCGGGCCUCGGCACGUCCCACUCUGCCUUCACCCUCUCGGGAUACUAUAAUUUAUCAAACGAUUGCGGCUUUUAAUCCGUCGCUUCAACCAGAGAUUGGACCUGAUGGUCUUCCAAGAGAAUCUCCUGUCAUCGCCUACACUGAGAAGGUAAUCGAGGAAGAACAGCUUCAAUUGAGGAAAUACACUGAAGAAAAUUAUUCUAAAAUAUGUGAUGUUGAGAGAGAGCUAGCAAAUCUUACAAUGGAACUGAAACUCACUGCUGGACCUAAAAAGCAGGUCUGGGAAGCAGCAUCAAAGGCUGUGCAGGAAGAAGAAGCAAUGAAGCAGAAGUUAUGUGAAGACUUAAACCAUUUGGUACAAGAAAGCAGUAACUCUCAGUUUUCUUGA